CAAUAGUAAUGAUGGGAUUACCAGAAAUUCUACAAAAUCAUUAGGUAACUGAAUCAGUGGAUAGAAAGUAAAGAACUCCGAGAGACACUAGAACAAAUGAACAAAUUAAAUAUUUCCAAUGAAGUAUUGGAACAGUAGUGGUUAUGAUGGGUGAGUGAACUGAGACUACCAGUGAAAAGAAGGCCAAAUUAUAACAGCGAGACAUCAACAGAAGCUAAAACUGGUUCAAGCAAUCACUGAAUAUCCCUCUCAAGGUAUGUUUAUUUUUGCUAAUCAUUCAGAUUCCAAUGAGUAUAGCAAAAUAUUUACUUUUAAGUACAUUAUGGACAAAUGACAAGAAGGAAGAAACUAUUAAUUUCAAUAACUAAUGCCGUCCCUCAUAUGCUGAAAGAUGGAUAUGUUUUCAACGUUCUUUAUCGGACUAUGAUUUAUAUCACAUGUCUUGCACAUGGACUCCACCGAGUUGCAGAGGAGGUUAGAGAAGAAUUUCUUGAGGCCGACAAACUAAUUGUCACGACUAAAAAAACGUUCUCUAAAGCACCAUCAGAGUACAGAUAUACAAAGAGUAUAAAUAUUUUAUUCGUUGAAAAUUUGGAAGAAGAUGGAUAUUUCAGUUAUGAACAGAAGACAAAUGACGAAAUAUCUCGUAAAUUUGACACGUAUCAUGAAAAAAAUAAAUGAAAUUUUAAAUGUGAAAACGAUAUCUAAAGUUAGUUCGCCAGUUUCAGAAAGUUCGGGAUUAUCGUUUUAUUAUUUGGAGAAGAUAGAAGAAUUGCAGAUGAAAAUUAAAGAAAAAAGAUACAAUAUAAGAAGAUUACAGUUCGAAAGAAAUGAUCUUAAUAUGAAAGUUCGACAAUUACGCGAAGAAUUAAAAUCGAUUUUACAAGAAUGUUCUUACGUAGCGGAUGUAAUCAAAAUCUUAAAUUCAGAUACAGCUAUAGUCAAAAUAAAAGGAGAAGGAGAAUUACACGUUGAAAUCGAUGACAGUGUUGACUAUCUAAAAGUUGUCCCAAACAGUCGUGUGGCCAUUAGAAGUAAGGACUUUAAAAUAUACAAGACUUUUCCAAAAGAAGUAGAUCCCGCGAUCAAUCUAAUGAAAAUCGACAGAAUUCCAGAUACAACAUUCGAUAUGAUUGGUGGCUUACAAAAUGAAAUAAGAGAAAUAAAAGAAGUGAUCGAGUUACCUAUCAAACAUCCUGAAUUAUUCGAGAGUUUAGGAAUCGAUCAACCUAAAGGAGUGUUACUUUAUGGCCCACCAGGAACUGGAAAAACUCUACUGGCAAGAGCGGUAGCUCACCACACCGACUGUACAUUUGUACGCGUGUCGGGAUCGGAAUUUGUACAAAAGUAUAUAGGAGAAGGGACGAGACUAAUGAAAGAAUUAUUCGAUAUGGCAAAAGAACACGCUCCGUGCAUCAUUUUUAUAGACGAAGUUGAUUCCAUAGGAUCUUCACGUUUCGACAAAGCGAGAAGCGAUAGCGAAGUUCAAAGGACUUUAUUGGAAUUAUUCAGUCAAUUGGAUGGAUUCGACUCGAAUAGAAACAUUAAAAUAAUAAUGGCUACUAACAGAAUUGACGUUCUCGAUAAAGCACUAAUUAGAUCUGGAAGAAUUGAUAAAAAAAUUGAAUUUCGUUCACCAAACGAAGAAGCACGAAUGAAUAUUCUCAAGAUACAUUCUCAUCAAAUGAACCUCUACAGAGGUAUAAACUUUCGAAGAAUAUCAGAGAUGAUGGAAGGAGCAUCGGGAGCAGAAAUUAAAGCUGUAUGCACCGAAGCUGGAAUGUUUGCUCUACGAGAAAAUAGAAUUUACGUAACUCAAAACGAUUUCGAAAUGGCUGUUACUUACGUAAUGAAAAAAUCUAUAAUCAAAGAUCCUUCUUUGAAUAAACAAUGGACUUAAAAGAUUCGUUCGUAGAAAAUUAUAUAUUAUUCAUUUAAUUGUAAAAAGUAAAUUGAAAACGUUAAAUUCAACUUUUACAUUUGGAUAAAAUAACUAAAUUACCUUAAUAAACGCGAAGUUACUUAUAAAUCUGUAUCUGUGAAAGUCUCUGUGUCCUUCAACACUAUAUCCAUACGGUUCUAUCCUCUCGCGUUAUUCUGACGAAAGUGAGAACGGGGAUCAACCCUGUUUCUGUAAAAUAGGGAGUCUACAUUGCACGAAGAAGUCGAUAGAUUAAUACACAGUCUAGAAGACUUACAUCUAUUUAAACAAAAUCGAUAUAUAUAAAUGAGGAAGUUUGUUUGUUCGCUAUACACUCCUAGGCCAUUCGAUCAAUUGCUAAGAAACUCGGAAGUUACGUUCAAAUAAUUCUAACUUGGAUAAUGUAGUAAAUUUCACCUCAAAUUAUCGAUUAGAUUUCUAUAUAUCGAUUAA